CGGAAUCUUACUCUCUCUCUCAAUCCUCCUCCCGUUUCUGUUCAAAAUCGUUAAUCUUUUGGAUCAAAUGGAUAAAGUUCAAUCCGCAUCAGACUGACCCACUUGCCCCUUUUCCUUCCUUUAUAUGUCUACCUCUUCUGCCUGCUUCUCCUUCUCCCUUCUCCCAACUUUUAUUCAGGAAUAAGAAACCUCCACGUCUUCCUUCUCCUUAUUUUCUCUGUUUCAUCGCUUGUUUUUGGUCUUUUCUUGCAUUUUUGGUUCAAACUUGAAAGAUCUCAGGUGGGUUUCUUUCGCUGGUUUUGAGGGGCUUCUUCCUGGUUUUCGUUUUCUUGUUGCGUACUCGAUUCUGCUUAAACAGAGAUUUAAAUUGGUGCCAUUCUUUUGUGGGGCUCUUCUAUUUUAUGCUGACAAUCUCUGGACGGCCGUUUGAUUUCUCCCGCGCCAUGGCUUGUUCGUUGAAGACUGGUCUCUCUGUUUCAGGGCUGAAGGAUCGUUCGUGUUACUCUAAUUCAUCUGGGGUUUCUGGGUUUUCUACUUCUGUUUGUGCUUCCAGUUUAAAAGUGUCAAAGCAGCCGGGGUUUCCUGUUUUGAGCGUCGAUUUCUUGGGGAAUGCUGUAGUGAUUUCGGAUCGAAAUGGUAUUAGAAACUCGAACGCUGAAUCCCCAAAUAGACUGACCGUUUAUGCACAGGCAUCGAUUUGUGUAAGCCGAGCUCGGAGAUGGUGGGAAAAAACCCUGAAACCUAACAUGGUUGAGAUCCACUCUGCACAAGCCCUUGUGGAUGUAUUGCUUGAUGCUGGCGAUAGAUUAGCCAUUAUUGACUUCUAUUCCCCUGGCUGUGGAGGUUGCAAAGCCCUUCAUCCCAAGAUCUGUCAACUGGCUGAAUUGAACCCUGAUGCAAUUUUUCUGAAAGUUAACUUUGAGGAGCUCAAAACCAUGUGCCAAGCUCUCCAUAUUCGUGUUCUUCCUUUCUUUAGAUUCUAUAGAGGUGGAGAAGGUCGUGUCUGUAGCUUCAGCUGUACAAAUGCAACUAUUAAGAAAUUCAAGGAUGCAUUGGCUAAACACGGAAGCGACCGGAGUAGCAUCCUUCCAGCCAAAGGAUUAGACGAAUCGGAGCUCGAACGGUUAGCAAUGGCAGGUGAAUUAUCAUCAUCAAAUCUGAAGGAAAGAACAUUGGAGGAUGUAGUUAUGAAAGAAAUGGAUUGUUAUGGUUCUUGGGGAACAUCAGGCAAUAAAAUGGAAGUCAUGGAAGAGAACAACCUGAUUCUUAAGGUGUGAAGGAAGCUAUAAUGGGAGUAAUCCAAGCCAGAUUGAAAGAUCA